AUGGCUCUCGCAGUCGCCGCCUACUCAUUGUCAGUCCGCGCCUCUCAAGACGUCCCGUCAAACAGGGGGGAAAGCCUUCCUUCCAGUGCCGAUCAGCACAGAAGUCUACCUGGGAUAGUCUUUACCUGCCUCACCACAAUACUCUUGUGCAUCUGGUCGUCUGUGCAUAUCAAUGUUCCCGAGCCAGUGGACACCAGAGGCUUGAAUAGCUUCAAACGAUUGAAAAUCUGGAUAAAACUGUUCGUUAGACGUAAUGUAGUUCCCGUCAUAAUCACAUUGGUAUUCCCAGAAUGGGUUCUGGGAAUGGCGGUUCUUCAGUUCACAAGGGCCACUCAACUGGCCAAAAAGAUCGGUAUGAUGCGAGACCUCGUUUUAUUAUCUAUAAAUGACAGAUUCUCAUUAGGUGCAACUCGGCGGCAAGGAUUCUUCAUCCUAAUGGGUGGCUUUCACCUCUUUGGAAGAGGUCAGGUACAGUCAGUGAACAAGGCUAGGACGAACAUCGGAUAUUCAAAUCACCCACUGGAGUUAGUGGGAGAAAGUCACCAUGCACCGCCCGAAAAGAAAAGAAACGGAAUCGAAGAGGAGUUUGGGAAGCCUCUACACCCUCUUGAUGAAUUCGACGUCUGUCACUGUAUCGACACAGGCAAACUUCUCCUCCCAACUUCUGCCGAACUGGAUGACAAGUGCAGGAGAGAUGGACUCGCAAGGUUUGUCGUCGUAUUGCAAACCCUGUGGUUCCUCGCUCAGUGUGCUCUACGCAAAUUCCGAAAACUUUCAAUCACGGAACUCGAAAUUAUUACGCUCGGAUAUAUUCUACUCACCAUGUUAAUGAACGUUGCAUGGUGGGACAAGCCAUAUUGGGUGAAAUUCCCUGUGCGCGUAUAUGAAACACUACCGGAGCGCACAAACGAGCAAAAGGUGCUCAAGAAGAAGAUGGAAAAGGUCAAUCCUUUCGGUCUGCCCAUUGCGUAUGCCAUAGGCAUCCAGGGAGAUAAAUCUGUUGGUGCGCAGGCCACGAUCAUUGGCGGGAUGUUGUUUGCCGCUGUCCAUUUCCUUGCGUGGUCUUCAUCCGUUCCACCAGACCUGCCGCCUGCAACAGUCAUAGCACUGUGCUAUGCUGCACUGAUCGACCCAUGCAUUGGGCUGCUUGUGGGCACAUUGCUCAUUAUUUCCUUACCACUCUGUUACUGGAUUGGAAGAGGCAUGACGAUCCUAGUUACGGUAAAGACGCUAAAGUCGCUCCCAAUUGGCACAUAUCGAGGUCUAGAAUGGUUUGCCUUCUUCCCCCAUAUCUAA